CUGUAAUUGAAGAGAGAGAAGAAGAGAGAGCGGAACCGGAAGGACAGAGGCUGUCAGAAGGACGGAUCUGUGCUGUGCUCUGCAGGGACUGUGCUGGGGUAGUUGAGGCGAGAUGCUGACCAAUAUCUCUAACGUGCUGAGAGCUUGCGCUCACAGAAAUGGAGCUGCAGCAGUCGUAUCAGGGCGCUGGUAUUCUGACUUUACGACCCAGGCUACCUUUGAAAUAAAGAAAUGUGACGUCUUCAAGCUGGAUGAGGCCCCGGCCACUCAGGUGGUUAUGACUCGGGAUGAGGGCCUGCAGUACUACCGCAUCAUGCAGACCAUGAGGCGUAUGGAGCUGAAGGCAGACCAGCUGUAUAAGCAGAAGAUUAUCAGAGGAUUCUGUCACUUGUAUGAUGGCCAGGAAGCCUGUGCUGUUGGUAUUGAAGCCUCAAUUAAUCUGACAGACCACCUAAUAACUGCAUAUCGCGCCCACGGAUACACUUACACCAGGGGUGGGACUGUGAAGGAAAUCAUGGCAGAGCUCACUGGCAGAAGAGGAGGCAUUGCAAAGGGCAAAGGAGGCUCUAUGCACAUGUACUGCAAGAACUUCUAUGGAGGAAAUGGAAUUGUUGGAGCUCAGGUUCCCCUGGGUGCUGGCGUGGCGCUGGCCUGCAAAUAUCAGGGCAACAACGAGCUGUGUGUCUGUCUCUAUGGUGACGGUGCAGCCAACCAGGGUCAGAUAUUUGAAACCUACAAUAUGGCAGCUCUUUGGAAGUUGCCUCUAAUCUUUAUCUGUGAGAACAACCGGUAUGGCAUGGGUACUUCAGUGGAGCGAGCUGCAGCCAGCACAGACUACUUCAAGAGAGGAGAAUUCAUUCCUGGUCUCAGGGUGGAUGGGAUGGAUGUUCUGUGUGUUCGGGAAGCAACCAGAUUUGCAGCUGAUCACUGCCGGUCUGGGAAGGGACCCAUUCUCAUGGAACUUCAGACCUACCGCUAUCAUGGCCACAGUAUGAGUGAUCCUGGUGUGAGCUACCGCACACGUGAGGAAAUCCAGGAGGUCCGCAGUAAGAGUGACCCCAUCUCCAUGCUGAAGGACCGCAUGCUCAGCAACAACAUGGCCAGCGUGGAGGAGCUUAAGGAGAUUGACGUGGAGGUGAGGAAGGAAAUUGAAGAUGCUGCUCAGUUUGCCACCACAGACCCUGAACCCCCGCUGGAAGAAUUGUGCAACCACAUCUUUCACAACAGUCCCCCCUUGGAGGUGCGCGGCACACACCCGUGGGCCAAGCUGAAGUCUGUUAGCUGAAGUUUUUGUCAUUCCUUUGUUCAAUCACCUCAUCCCCUCUACAAUAUCAAAACCUUCCUACCCCUCAGCUAUACGCACACAUGAUAUUAUGUAUCAUAAACUAGUGCCUCAUUCCCAGAGCUUUAAGCAUCAGCAAGUCAUUUACAUUUUAACUGUAGAGGCCACAUUCACAAACACGAUCUGAAAGUUAAACUCACCAAAACAGUAAACAUUUGCCUCCUUCUAGUCCUCUUCAGUAUGGGGUCUACUUACAGACACAGUUAAAGAAAGAUGUCUGGAUUAAUCAAAAUAGUAUUUUACUUUAAGGGUCCAGGUUGUAGGAUUUACAAGGAUGUAUAAGAGUGGAAAACUAGUAUCCACAUGUCUGUACUCAGGGGUAAUAUAGGCUGCUGCAGUUGUUCAACCUCAUCAGACAGUAGGUGUUACUAAUUUGAAGGCAGUCUCCUCUGACUUGCUACAGUGCAGUGUUACAGUGUUAAUAAUUGCAGUUAACACAAAGCCGUAAAGACAGAAAUGUAAAUCAGAGGGAAAAAGGUAGAACGUAAUUCAUCAAAUUUCUUGUCAACCUGGUGAAGUUAUGACCCGUAUUUAUUUAUACACAUUUUUUUAAACUAUAAGCCAAAUUUACACUAAAUAUAAAAAAUGUUAGAUAGAUACUUUACUCAUUGAGAUGAAUCUGUCUAUCUAUCUAUCUAUCUAUCUAUCUAUCUAUCUAUCUAUCUAUCUAUCUAUCUAUCUAUCUAUCUAUCUAUCUAUCUAUCUAUCUAUGAUGAUUAAAAUUGUCCUCUCUGAUAGUAAUUCAACCCAGAAAUGCUAAAUGAAUACUUGUGAACCUCUUUAAAUUUCUGAAGCUAUUUAUUCAUCUAACAUUAAGCACUUAGUAUGUUAUAACCUCAAUGUUUUUUGUAAAUUUGGCCCAUAUAGUCAAUUUGAUAUUUGCUUGUUUGAUGUUUAUCUCUGGUUGUUUUUGAGGUGCGAUAAAGUGAAGCCCAUCUGCCCCCAUUCAUCUCAGAAACGCUCUGUCUGACCUAUAAAAUGCCUUUGCACUCUUUGUACAAGAAGUGUACAUGAUAAAGACUUCAUUUUAUGUUAA